GCGCACGAGGAGGGUCAGGGAAGGGCUCUACCUGCGAGGGGGAGCCUGCGGGCUUCGUUCUGGAGCAGCAGCACAAGGAGGCCCUGGCCACUGUCCAGCGCCUGAGUCAAGCCGAAUGUCUCUUCCUUCUGCACCGUUGGCUCAUCGCCCUGGGGGCCAGCGACUGCAGCAUCAUGCUCGCGAUCCGCCGGUGCCCAGAUGAGGCCGCCCUCCCCCUCACGCGGUUCUCCCCGGUCCUAGGUCAGGAUGCCUCUUCCUUGCAGCCCCUCGAGAGCUUCUGCCAGAGCGCUUCAGAGCCGGGCCUGCUCUCCUUCCGGCCCACGCCUCCCGCCCAGGGGGGAAGGGAGAGAGGGGCCGUUCGUCUGGCCUACGCCAUGCAUGUGGUGGACCUGGGGCCCAAGCCACCCACGAAGGUUCUCUCGAAAGCGCGCCUGGAGGACGGGAUCAUUGCGGCGGCUCAGAGAGCGGGCUCCAGCGCAAAAGAGGC